CAAAUAUCUCAUUAUUUUCUGUUGUUGUCAUCACAAGAAAGAAGGGUUUGCCUGGACCAAGAAAGCAAAAGGGUCUGGGCGUUUUGGCAUUGGAAGAGCAAUUGUUGAGAGGUCACUCGGGAAAAGAUAAACAUGAGGGAAAUUAUAAGCAUACACAUAGGUCAAGCUGGGAUUCAGGUCGGAAAUUCAUGCUGGGAGCUUUAUUGUCUUGAGCAUGGCAUUCAGCCUGAUGGGAUGAUGCCUAGUGACACCUCUGUGGGUGUGGCACAUGAUGCUUUCAACACCUUCUUUAGUGAGACCGGAUCGGGCAAGCAUGUACCCAGAGCUAUAUUUGUUGAUCUUGAACCUACUGUUAUUGAUGAAGUCAGAACAGGGGGUUAUCGCCAGCUUUUCCACCCCGAACAGCUCAUCUCUGGAAAGGAAGACGCUGCCAACAACUUCGCUAGAGGCCAUUAUACAGUGGGAAAGGAGAUUGUUGAUCUAUGCCUGGACAGAGUGAGGAAGUUGGCUGAUAACUGUACAGGUUUGCAAGGUUUUUUGGUCUUCAAUGCUGUAGGUGGAGGUACUGGUUCUGGAUUGGGUUCGUUGCUCCUGGAACGAUUGUCUGUUGACUAUGGGAAAAAGUCAAAGCUUGGUUUCACUAUCUAUCCUUCUCCUCAGGUAUCCACUGCAGUUGUUGAGCCUUACAACAGUGUUCUUUCAACUCAUUCCCUUCUUGAACACACGGAUGUUGCAGUGCUCUUGGACAAUGAAGCCAUUUAUGAUAUUUGCAGGAGGUCUUUAGAUAUUGAGAGGCCUACGUAUACCAAUUUGAACCGGUUGAUCUCUCAAAUUAUUUCUUCACUAACUACUUCUCUAAGGUUUGAUGGAGCCAUUAAUGUAGAUAUCACAGAGUUCCAGACCAACCUUGUACCAUAUCCUCGUAUACAUUUCAUGCUCUCGUCAUACGCCCCUGUGAUCUCAGCUGCGAAAGCAUACCAUGAGCAGCUAUCUGUCCCUGAAAUCACAAAUGCAGUAUUUGAGCCCUCAAGUAUGAUGGCUAAAUGUGAUCCAAGGCAUGGGAAAUACAUGGCUUGUUGCUUGAUGUACCGUGGAGAUGUUGUUCCCAAGGAUGUAAAUGCUGCUGUUGCUACCAUCAAAACAAAGAGGACAGUUCAGUUUGUCGACUGGUGCCCAACUGGCUUCAAGUGUGGAAUUAACUACCAACCUCCAACAGUGGUACCCGGUGGCGAUCUUGCCAAAGUACAGCGAGCCGUGUGCAUGAUCAGCAACAACACUGCUGUCGCCGAAGUCUUUUCACGCAUCGACCACAAAUUCGAUCUGAUGUACGCCAAGAGGGCUUUCGUUCACUGGUAUGUCGGUGAAGGAAUGGAGGAAGGCGAGUUUAGUGAAGCUCGUGAAGAUCUGGCUGCUCUUGAGAAAGACUACGAAGAAGUCGGUGCUGAAGGUGUUGACGAUGAAGAGGAAGGUGAAGACUAUUAAUUGUGAAUGGCUUCUUAUAGUUCCAUCAGAUUUGCAAAGAUUGGCCACUGUUGUUAUCCAUUUGUGUAUUACUUUUACUAAGUUUUCAUGUAUUGCUGGUCUUUUGAGGUUUGCUGAGGAAUUGGUAAAAAUUUGUGAUGUUGUGUUGCCCUCUAAUGUUCUGAAUUUCUUAUUAUGAUGAGAUCAAAGGAUGUAUGCUCAUAUUAGUCAAGCUAGUGUUGCUCUCCUUA